GUGGCAGUUGGAGGCAGACGGUGGGUAACGGGUCAGUGGCUGUGGGAGAAAGCGGAGCCGCGGAGGCGGCGGGGCUUCUACGGCUGUAGUUGGUCCCGGUCUUCCCGGUCGUCGUCGUCGUCGCCGUCAUGUUCCGAUGGGGAAGCAUCGCCGUGGCCGGCUUGGGGCAGAAACUGGCGCCUUUGCUUCAGACUCUCAGCGUCCGUGGCCCGAAGCAGAAGAGCCGGCUUCCAGGCAACCUGUUGCAGCGAUGGCAUAGUCCCAUAGGACUCCAGAUGACAAGACAAAUGACCAGCUCUGGUGCUUCAGGGAGCAAAAUCGAUAAAUCAAUGUUAGCCCUUGUUGUGGGCUUAUCAACCAUGGGAGCUGGUGCCUAUGCCUAUAUGACAGUGAAAGAGGACCAAAAGAGAUACAGUGACAGAAUUUCAGAAUUAGGACUGACCCCAGAAGAAAAAGAGAGGCGGGAUAGCUUAACCGCUCCAGAGAGAGAAGUAGGUGCCCAAAUCAGGGCACCAACUCACGCUCCUUUCCUGCUGAUUGGUGGAGGCACCGCAGCAUUUGCUGCCGCCAGAUCCAUCCGAGCUCGUGACCCCGGGGCCAGGGUCUUGAUUAUCUCAGAAGAUCCUGAACUGCCAUACAUGCGCCCCCCUCUUUCCAAAGAGCUGUGGUUUUCAGAUGAUCCAAAUGUCACAAACACGCUUCGCUUCAAACAGUGGAAUGGAAAAGAAAGGAGCAUCUAUUUCCAGCCACCUUCUUUCUAUGUGUCUGCUCAGGACCUGCCUUAUAUCGAGAAUGGUGGUGUGGCCGUCCUCACUGGCAAGAAGGUGGUACAGCUGGAUGUGAGGGACAACAUGGUGAAACUUAAUGACGGCUCUCAGAUAACUUUUGAAAAGUGCUUGAUUGCAACAGGAGGGACUCCCAGAAAUCUUUCUGCCAUUGAUAGGGCUGGAGCAGAGGUAAAGAGUAGAACAACGCUUUUCAGAAAGAUUGGAGAUUUUAGAGCCUUGGAGAAGAUUUCAAGAGAGGUCCAGUCGAUUACAGUUAUUGGUGGGGGUUUCUUAGGAAGUGAACUGGCCUGUGCCCUUGGCAGAAAAGCUCGAACUUUGGGCACAGAAGUGAUUCAGCUCUUCCCUGAGAAGGGAAAUAUGGGGAAGAUUCUCCCAGAGUACCUCAGCAACUGGACCACAGAAAAAGUCAGACAAGAGGGAGUUAAAGUAAUGCCCAAUGCAGUUGUGCAGUCGGUUGGUGUCCAGAAUGGCAAAUUGCUCAUCAAACUGAAAGAUGGAAGGAAGGUAGAAACUGAUCACAUUGUUGCAGCUGUGGGCUUGGAGCCCAAUGUUGAGUUGGCCAAGACUGGUGGCCUGGAAGUAGAUUCUGAUUUUGGGGGUUUCCGUGUAAAUGCAGAGCUCCAGGCACGCUCUAACAUCUGGGUGGCAGGAGAUGCCGCAUGUUUCUAUGACAUCAAGUUGGGGCGGAGACGGGUAGAGCAUCAUGACCAUGCUGUUGUGAGUGGAAGAUUGGCUGGAGAAAACAUGACCGGGGCUGCCAAACCAUACUGGCAUCAGUCAAUGUUCUGGAGUGAUCUGGGCCCAGAUGUUGGAUAUGAAGCUAUUGGUCUUGUGGAUGGUAGUUUGCCCACAGUUGGGGUUUUUGCCAAGGCUACUGCAAAAGACACCCCCAAAUCAGCAACCGAAGAAUCAGGGACUGGUAUCCGUUCAGAAAGUGAGACAGAGUCAGAGGCCUCUGACAUCAGCAUUCCUGCCAGCGAUACCAAGACUCCACAGAACCCCACAGACGGGGAGGACUUUGGCAAAGGUGUCAUCUUCUAUCUCAGGGAUAAAGUUGUGGUGGGAAUCUUAUUGUGGAACAUCUUUAACCGGAUGCCAAUAGCAAGAAAGAUCAUUAAAGACGGUGAAGAGCAUGAAGAUCUUAAUGAAGUAGCCAAGCUCUUCAACAUCCACGAAGAUUGAAGUCCCUGCAGUAAGUGAAGCAAGUGGAACUUGGGAAUAACGAGCAACGGCCGGCAGUGUCGAAAGGAGUACUUUAUAUCCAGCUUAGCCGCCCAUGUCAUCCUUGUCCAUAUGUACCCAAGCCCACUGCAAAUGGUUUGUUAUCCAGAAAAACUGAAAUAAAAUUUGUCUCUUCUCAA